AUGAAUUAAAGAUAUAAUAACUAGUAAUAAUAUUUUAAAAAUAAUAGAAAUUAAUAUAACAAUAGGAACUAGCCAUAUAGGAAUAAUAAUCACUAUAUAUCUAAAGUAGGAGAAAUACAAGAUGGUUAGUUUUUUGUAGAUGAAUUAGGAUAAAAAUUUGUAUAAAAAAUUGAUCAUUAAAUAAAUAUCAGAAAAAGAAUAUUCUUACAUAAAAACGACUCAGGAAGAGCUUUGCAUGAAAUGAAAGUUAAAUAUAGUCUUGUAGAAAUAUAAACCUAAUAAUAAACAAAUUUAAAAGCUGUAAUCGAAUCUGUAGAAGAUAAAUAUAGUGAAAUCAAACCUCUAAUCGGAUUCUUUUCUGACACUCCUAAAAGACCUAGUAUCGACUUUAAUCUUUAAUCAAAAUAGCUAGGAUAGACAAACUUAAAAAAGGUUUACUUUUUCCCUUUGUAAAUAAACUAUCCUACAAUGGUUUUAGAGUUGGAUUAGUCUUCUUAAACUUGUAAAAGUGGAGAUAUCUUUAAGUAUUAUUAUAUUGUGAAAGUUAUUGACUGGCCUGAAAGGCUUUCUAAAGAAGGUCCUUUAGUAGAAAUAGUAGAUAAAAAAGGAAUGCUAUAUGAUUAAGAAAGUGAUUGCUAGGCUUUGUUAGAGUCAUUCAAUAUGAAUAGUACUAUCUCAAGUUAAGAAAGAAAUUAUGUUGAUAAAAUAGUCAAUAAUCACUAAAAUGACUUUUAAAAUAAUAAUAAUUCAAAAGAAUUUGAAAAUCUAAAUGUUUUUACUAUAGAUCAGCAAGGAACUUAAGCCUUUGACGAUGCGUUUUCAUUUUAAAAAAUCAACUCAAAGAUACUUGAAUAAGAAAUUAAAUUGGCUAAGCAACCAAAAAAAAUUUAAAAAGCUGAGAAUGAACCAGUUUAAGUUUACUAGAGGGUUAAAAACAAAAAAAGUAAAAAUACUAAAAAAUGUAUGAACGAAGAUAUUUAAGCAGUAGAACAGGCAAAUAAUUAAGAGCUGAUUCUAAAUGAUAAUGGAGUUAGAUAAGAAUAAUAAGAACCUAGCUAAAGCAUCGAAGAAUAAAAAGAAAUAGAUUAAACAAUCAAAUAAUAAUAAAUUAAAGAGCCAGAAGAAUAAAAGCAAUCAGAACCAGAAUAAGAAGAUACUGAAUGCAGCAGAAAAAUAUUUAAACUUGGUAUCCAUAUUGCUGAUCUAUCUUAAAGUAUUAUAAAGGAUACACCAUUGUACAAGGUUUUGGAGAAAAGAGGAUAAAGUAUUUAUGUCCCACUAGGAAAAAAUAAAAGCUUUAUCAAGCAUAUGCUAGACAGAAGACUUGUUUAGAUCUUCUCAUUAAAGGCUGGAGAAAAAAAGUAAGCUAAAAGUUUAUUUAUCUGCAUAGAAAAGGACUAAAAUAAUUAAUUCAUCUUUCAUUGGGAUUCUUUAAGACUUGAAGACUCCAUUAUUUAAAGCAAGUAAAAUUAUUACUAUCAUGAAUUCGAUUCAUACUUGAAAGAUAAUAAAUAAAAUAUUACUGAGCUUUUUAAAGAUGAUGAUGAAGAAAUUAUUAGCUCAGAUAGUGAUGACGAAGAUGAUGAAAUUGAUACUCAUGAAAAAGAAUUAAACCCAAUAAAUAAGAGCUUAAUUCUAACAAAAGAGGAAUUUUUAGCUUUCUUUAAUCUUGGAGGUUAGCUAUUUUAAUAGAGAAUAUAGAAAGGUUAAAAGGCAUUCUAAGAAGAAUUUACAGAAAAAAGUAAAUUCUUAUCAUCUAAGUUAGUUGAAGAGUUAAUGGUUUUUUACAAUCAAUCUAUUUCAAGAUAAAUAUAAGUAAGUCAAUAAAUCUUUAAAGGUUAGAAUGAUAUUGAAUAAAAAUUAAAAGUGCUCAAAAAAGAAGCAUAAUAGAUGAAAAAGUCAAUAGAAACUAAUUAAAUAUAAAUCUCUAAUAAAAUAAAAAAACAGUAGAAAGUUCUUUAAACUAAUAAAAAGUCUUUUGCUACUCUUCAUAAAAAUAUUGAGCUUACUGAAAUGAAAAUAAAUAAUAACCCUAAAACUCUUAAGGAAUAUGAAAAUAAAAUAACUAAAAAUUAAAAAAAGAUUGAAGAACUCAAAAAUUAAAUUGAAUAGAUCAGCAGCAUGGAAGAAAGCUAGUUUGAGUAAGAAUAUAAUAAAAACAAAAAGAAAGAAGCUCAAACAUAGGCAAAAAUUUAAUAAAAAAAAUGCUAUGAAGUAAUAGAGAAGGAAUAGUUAUCAGAUUCUGACCCGGAUUAACUUACUUAAGAAUAAUCAGAAGAUAAUUUACAGUCGGAGUAAUUAGUAGAGAAUCAGAUGCAAAAUAAUUUAAAUGGGGAAUUUAAUUUACAAUUAUUUCAAAAUCCAAUUUUUAAUUAUAAAUUUUAACCUAUGAAUUUUGAUAAAAUUUCGUUUAAUCCAAAUUUGUUUUAACCCCCUUUUAAGUACGGAUAAUUAUUUCUCAACUCAAAGUAAAUACAUAAAUAAGAAGAUAAUGAUGAAAGUAGUGACUUUGAUGAAAAAAGUGAAACUGAAUCCAAAGAUAAAAGUAUUUUUUAACAAUAGCCUAGGACUCUGAUGCCUAUACCUUAGUUUAAUUAAAAAUAUGUUUAACCCCCUUUUAAGUGCGGAGAAUUUUUUCCUAUCUCAAAGUAAAUACAUAAAUAAGAAGAUAAUGAUGAAAGUAGUGACUUUGAUGAAAAAAGUGAAACUGAAUCCAAAGAUAAAAGUAUUUUUUAACAAUAGCCUAGGACUCUGAUGCCUAUACCUUAGUUUAAUUAAAAAUAUCUUUAACCCCAUUUUAAGUACGGAUAAUUUUUUCUCAACUCAAAGUAAAUACAUAAAUAAGAAGAUAAUGAUGAAAGUAGUGACUUUGAUGAAAAAAGUGAAACUGAAUCCAAAGAUAAAAGUAUUUUUUAAUAAUAGCCUAUGCCUUUUGAGAUACAUUAGUUUAAUUCAAAUUAUGUUUAACCCCCUUUUAAGUACGGAUAAUUUUUUCUCAACUCAAAGUAAAUACAUAAAUAAGAAGAUAAUGAUGAAAGUAGUGACUUUGAUGAAGAAAGUAAAACUGAAUCCAAAGAUAAAAGGAUUUUUUAACAAUAGCCUACGACUCUUAUGAUACCUUAGUUUAAUUAAAAAUAUGUUUAACCCCAUCUUAAGUACGGAUAAUUUUUUUUCAACUCAAAGUAAAUACGUAAAUAAGAAGAUAAUGAUGAAAGUAGUGACUUUGAUGAAGAAAGUGAAACUGAAUCCAUAGAUACAUUAUCAAAUGACUAUCAAAAUCAGAAUGAUUCAGGAAAUAUUUACACAACCUUAAAAAAACGCUUAAAUUUGUAGUUAUAAAACUUAAAUAAGCAAUUAGAAUAAUUAGAUAAAGAAUUAAAAAAUUUAGCUUAACAAAAGAUUUACAAUAAAUAUGAAGAAGCAAAAAAAUCUAUAAAAGAUACUCUAAAUCACUACAAAAAUAAUUGUGAGCAAGCUGGAUUUAAUAACAUAAAGUUCGAUUCCCUCUUAGAAUUUUAAUCAUCAAUUGAAUAAUUAAAAUAUACUUAAAUAACUCCAAUAAUUAAAGCUUAUUUAAUCUUUGAAAAAAGAAAAAUAGUUAGAUAAUUAAAUCAAUACUUCGCCAUGUGCGAUGAUGAAAAAAAAGAGUAAUAGUAACUUAAUUAGAAAAUCUAGUAAAAAAAAGAUCAAAAAGAAAAGAUUAUCAAAGACAUUAUAGCUAUUUAAGACAGAAUAGCUUAAUUUGAAAAGAGUGAAGAGGCACAAAAAAUUAAAGAUUUAGAGCUAUAAAACCAAGAAUAAAUCGAAGUUGAAGAAGAUUAAUUUAGUGAAGAUAAUUAAACGGAAACAAGAUCUUAAAUUUCUAUUGAUGAUUUAGAUAAAUCAUUUACCCAUGAUAAUGAUAAUAUUUAAAAAGUUUCAUUAAAAGAAAGAAAAAUCAAUUUACUUAAACAAUAAAUUAAACAAAAAGAAAAUGAAAUUUAAAAAAUUUAGAAAUUAGUAAGUUCAAAUGAAAGUAGAAUUUAAUAACUCAUUUCAAGCUUGGAAAAUAACUAAAAAUAAUUUGAAAAACUAGAAGAAUUAAUAAAAACUUAAGAUAUCUAGAUCAAUGAUCUUAUGAAAUAAUUAUAGGAGGUUGAGUCAGAAAUUAAAAAAAUAAAUUAAAAUAUAAAAGAUGAGUAAAUAAAUCUCUAAAAAUAACUUGAAAAAGAUGUUAAUGAAAAUUACAAAUAUUUUGAUUUAUCACCAGAAUCAGAGAAAUAUUUAUCCUUAACUAGUCCUAUAAGAAAGUUUAAUGAUAUUUAAGCUUAGUAAUUCAUAGACAAUUAUUUGAAAACAGAUUUUUCAGAAGAAUUUGAUAAAGAAUAUAGCAAAAUAAUUAAAUCAAAGCAAGCUACUAAUAAGAUAAAAAAUCAAGUGGCUAAAUUCUUAGAAAAAGCCUAAAAAAUAAAAAAUUGCAGAAAAAUGAUUCUUCAAGCUUAUUAAGGUAAAUUAGAUGAAGAAUCAGAUAUUCUUCAAAUUAAUUCAAAAAUUAUUUCUAAAUAUGUUUACUAUGAUUUCUUCUUGCCUAAAUAAAGACAAAUUAUCUAGCUAAAAAUUGAUAAAAAUAAACCAUAGCUCUAAUAAAUUUUUUCAAUAUGGAAAGGUUAAAUCUAAGCUAAAUAUUCUCUUCCUUAUGAUUACACUGUUGCAAUAGCCAAAAAUGAAAUAUAUCUAAUAAAUUUAGAUUUUUGAACAAAAUAAAUAAUAUUUUCUAAAAUAUUUAAUUUUUAAAAUGUGUUUAAAUUUUUAAAAAUGU